GGGGUGUGGUGUCAGGUGGGACAACAUGAAUGGCUGAAGUUGAACUUGAGCUGCUCAAACAAAUUCGACCAAAGCACACACAUUCAGCAUCAGUAGUUUCAUACCUGCGCAACGAGAAGACUGGAGGAUGGACAAGGCAUACAAAAAUAUGAACGGGGACUAUCCCACACCUGACAAUGGCAAAGAGAGGAAAGGCUCCAUGUACCUGGAGGAAGAGACCAGUGCCAAGGCGGGGGUGCUGUCCUGCUUCUUCUCCCUGAAGGAGGAGGUUGGGGCGCUGGCCAAAGCCCUCAGGCUGUUUGAGGAGAAGGGCAUCAACCUGAUGCACAUCGAGUCUCGCCCGUCGCGACUGAACAACCAGGAGUUUGAGUUCUUCAUCAGCGUGGACACCAGCUACUCCAAGUCCCUGGACGAGGUCAUCGACGGCCUGCGCACCGAGAUCAGUGGCCACGUGCACGAGUUCUCACGCAACAAACAGAAGGACACAGUUCCAUGGUUCCCCAAUGACAUCCAGGACUUGGAUCGCUUUGCCAACCAGAUUCUGAGCUACGGAUCUGAGCUGGAUUCUGAUCACCCUGGCUUCACAGACCCAGUGUACAGAACCAGGAGGAAGGAGUUUGCCGACAUUGCCUACAGCUACAGACAUGGCCAGGUCAUUCCCAAGGUGGAGUACACAGCGGAGGAGAAGGCCACAUGGAGCACAGUGUUCAAUGAGCUGAAGACUCUGUACCCCACGCAUGCCUGCCGCGAGCACAACCGUGUGUUCCCCCUGCUGGAGCAGUACUGCGGCUACAGGCAGGACAACAUCCCCCAGCUGGAGGACAUCUCACGCUACCUGCAGUCGUGCACAGGUUUUCGGCUGCGCCCAGUGGCUGGCCUGCUCUCCUCUCGGGAUUUCCUGGCUGGUCUGGCCUUCCGAGUCUUCCACUCUACACAGUACAUCCGGCACCAUUCCAAGCCCAUGUACACACCUGAGCCGGAUAUCUGCCAUGAACUCCUGGGCCAUGUUCCUCUGUUUGCUGACCCCACCUUUGCCCAAUUCUCACAGGAAAUCGGUCUGGCUUCCCUGGGUGCCCCCGACGAGUACAUUGAGAGGCUUGCUACUGUCUAUUGGUUCACAGUGGAGUUUGGCCUCUGCAAGCAGGGCUCUGAGAUCAAGGCCUAUGGAGCUGGCCUUCUCUCAUCAUUUGGAGAGCUGCAGUACUCUUUGACAGACAAGCCCAAGAUUCAACCAUUUGACCCUGCAAAGACCAGCCUCCAGAAGUACCCAAUCACUGAAUUCCAACCCGUUUACUUUGUUGCAGAGAGCUUUGAUGACGCCAAAGAGAGAGUCAGGAAAUUUGCCGACACCAUCCCCAGACCUUUCUCAGUGCGCUACAAUGCGUACACCCAAAGCAUUGAAGUCUUGGAUAACACCCAGCAGCUGAGAAAACUGGCUGACAACAUCAGUGGUGUGUGACAUUUCUAUGGAGUCCUCAUAAAACUAACUUCUCAAUAACCCCUUAUGCAAAUACAAACAUCAAGUACUAUUGGAAAUGGAUUCAAAUGAGAUUUUCUACCAAUUGUCAUUUAUAUACACUGUGUGUAGUAUAUGCUAUUUAGCGUACACUUUUAUUCAAAGCGGCUUACAGUCAUGCAGGCAUACAUUUUACAUAAGGGUGGUCCUGGGAAUCAAACCCAGUAUUCUGGCAUUGCAAGCACCAUGCUCUACCAACUGAGCUAUAGAAGACCACACUAGGAUUUAUUUUUGUCUUGCCUUUUACAAAUUGAAAACAGUUUAAUGCAAUACAAUAUCGGUAUGAAUGCCCAACUCCUACUGCAAUGUAAUGUUUCUUAAUCUUCCACAGAUGAACUACCUAAUGUUAUCAUGUUGCUUUUAUUUUAGGGGAAAAUGGGGAUCUUGUGCAAUGCCCUGCGGAAGAUGGAGUAAGGAGACCACUUUGGAGACAUCCUUCAAUACUGAUGUGCGCAAUGAUAGAAUCUCAAUGCAUUUCAUCAAUCUUGUAGAUUUCCAUUAUACUCUUUGUAUUUAUAGUCUGUGUGCUUGUCCAUUAUAACAUCUAAUGCAUUCUGCUUCAUCUUUAUAUAAAUUAUUCAUAAAUACCUACUGCAUCCCAGACACUAGUCAUUUUAAGUAGAACAUUUUCAUUUUAGUCGUCAAUAUUAGAGGAGCACUCGCUCAAUGAAUCACACAGACAUACUACUAAGCCAAUGAAAAUGCACAUCGAAAUUAGUCACUCAUUGUACAUAUGAAGUUACAUAAAACAAGUAUUAACUUUAAAUGAAUUAUUCGAUAAGAGAGUGAGUUUUUCGUUAGAUUUUUGUUAACACCAACAAGGAGAAGUAUUAUUUUAACAUACCCUUUUCAGUAUGUUCGAGAAAUCCAACACCGCCACUACAGUAUUGAUAGGUUAACCGAUGUCAUUUUCUGUAACCAGCUGAGAGGGAUUACAUUGGAAGAGUGCUGUUCCAGAACUAUUAGCUCGGGCUUUGAAGACGAUCUAAUUCGCACUUGAGUAUUCUAUCUAUAUUGGUUAAAUCGCAAAUAACAAAAAUACAUCCUUGCAUUAUGCUAGAAAUAGCUAGGCUUAUAUAACACAAUAAAGAAAUGCAAUGUGUAUGUCCAGCAUGUUAGAGAAUGUGUUUGAUUAUAUCCUGAAUUCGGAUUAAUCCAAAUGGUCGACUGUUUUUCCAUUCUUUACUAUCACGUGUUUGUAUAAUAUGCAUGAAAAUGUGUUAUUAACUUGUCAAAUAAAUGUAUGCUUAAAAGGUUCUUUCAGA